CGUAAAAAACAUCCUUCCAAGUUCCAACCCGAAUCGCGCUGAAGUCUUCCGGUGUACUACAAAGAGUCUCUCUCUUCAGGAACACUGUCACAUGCAGACUCUUCUUUUGCUACUGACUUUCUCUCUCUUCAGGAACACUGUCACAUGCAGACUCUUUUUUUGCUACUAACUUUUUCCCUUACGCAAAGAAUUCGGACACAACUUUUUUUGUUAGGUCUAAAGAGCCCGCUGGUCUCUCUAACACAAUAUUCUUGUGUUUUGGGCCAAGUGAGAGAGAGAGAGAGAUGACUGGUGGGGAAGGAGGUGGAGAUGGUGUAAGCCUAGACCUUCUCAAGAAGAAAAUGGAGGAGUUUGCAAAGGAAAGAAACUGGGACAGAUUUCACAGCCCCAGAAACCUCCUCUUGGCUCUUGUGGGAGAAGUGGGGGAGCUUUCUGAAAUAUUCCAGUGGAAAGGGGAGGUACCAAGGGGACUACCCGACUGGAAAGAAGAAGAGAAAGUGCACCUGGGUGAAGAGCUCUCUGAUGUUCUCCUCUACCUUGUCAGACUCUCUGACAUAUGUGGAGUUGAUCUUGGCAAAGCUGCCCUGAGGAAGCUUCAACUUAAUGCCAUCAAAUAUCCAAUUGACCCCUCCACAAAUGAACACAACACCAGCAGCAAUGGCUCUGAUAGUGCUUGAUCUUCAAUGUUUUUAUGUGUUAAAGACUGAAAAGCCCUCACCUUUUGGUGACUUGUUUGGCUCUUUCUUUUGGAUGUGACAUGUUUAUGGGUAAAUUAAUGUUUUGGUUGGUUUCACAGUUUGGACAACUUCGACAAAUCCAUCUUCAAUUCUAAUGUUACAGUUAUGAGAA